AAUUAGCAGCCUUUGACACCUCUCAAAUCACAGAAAAUCAAAGGUCAAAUUUUUCUCUAGAACUUUGUAUCACCCUUACUUUUUUUCUUGAAAAACCUCUCAAGUUUCUGUCCAUUCAACGUUCAUAAUGUCUCAGACUGUUGUUCUCAAGGUUGGCAUGUCAUGCGAAGGCUGUGUUGGUGCCGUAAAAAGGGUUUUGGGGAAAAUGGAAGGUGUAGAAACUUUCGACAUUGAUCUGAAGGAGCAAAAAGUGACCGUCAAGGGAAAUGUUCAACCAGACGCAGUUCUCCAGACCGUGUCAAAGACUGGAAAGCCAACAUCUUUCUGGGAAGCAGGCGAAUCGGCUCAAACAGAAGCUGUUAGUACAGCUUGAUCUUUUAUGAUGGCCUGGAAUUGUAUGUUAAGGCUUGAACAUUAUAUGACUUUAUCAAGAAUUCCUUUGUGUAAUAGUUGAAAUCUAAAUUGCAAUAAGUUCUUGAGGAUUUCAGUGUUGUUUUCUUCGAUAUAAAUGACGAGUGCAUUGAUGCAUUAUCUCUCUA